GGGGGGGGGUGGGGGUGGGGUCUAACAUUGGGUGUGCGCCUUAAAUUUUUGCGUUUACCUUGGUUUCAGAAGCCUUGCAAACGAUGUUUUGAACUUUGCUCUUUUGAAAAAAUAAUUAAUCUUGUUCGAUUGAUUCGCUUUCCUAAAGUCAUAAAAAAGGGAGAAUUAGAUAGCAAAAACACCGAGUCAAACUAUCUUCUUUGACCUCUUGGCUCAAUUACAAUUAUUUUAUUUUGUAUGAGCUUUGCCUACUUUAUUGGGCGAUUAACUUUUUCUUUUAUGAAUAGGCUUUAAACCUUGUUGUGUCUUCCUUUUAACCCUUAAUAUCAUUUUAAUUUUGUUCAGGUUUCUUUGGAAGACAAACUUCAAGAAGCAUUAGCCGAUUUGGAACAAAAAUCUAAAUUAGUUGCUUAUUUACAAAGUGUUAUGCAACCAAAACAAAUGCAAAAAUUGCCUCGUCCACGGCCUUCAUUGUUGUCUUCUGAAUCUGAUUAUAUUUCGGAAAUUGAAUCAGAAUACAAACAAUGUCAACAAUUAGAACAACAACGUGAUGAAUUAAAAAAUGAUUUGGAAAUGAAAAGAAGAGACGAAAUUGUUCCAUUAAUUAAUGUUCGGCGUUCAAUUAGAGACCAACAAAGCUGUGAAACUUUGAGUCAAACAACUUCCGAAUCUUUAACUUUGAGAACAUUUGUGACUGGGACAAAUUCUAAUUUUACACCUGGAAAAAUGCGUCAUGAUAUUCCACAUCGUUGGAAGAGACAAUUUGUUACAAUGGCUUCGAAUCGUUGUCAAUUCUGUUUUGAAGGCUUUCCCUAUUUUACUUAUGUAUAUCGUUGUCGUGAUUGUAAUAUGGUUGUUCACAAACAUUGUAAAGUUUCUGUUGUGAAUACUUGUGGAUUACCCUAUGAAUGUGCUGAUUUUUAUUUGGAUGCUUAUAGUGGAGGAAUGAAUGGAGAACAAAUGACUGGAUGGAUAAAAUUGUUAGUUUUACCUGCUUCAAUGCCUAGCGGUGCUACACGUUUUUCUUCUUCGUCGCCAGUUACUUUUGCAAUAACUGAAAAAUGGCAAAAUGCUUGGGCUAUGAUAGAAAAACAUUCGCUAAAUUUUUAUGAAAGUGAUCAAUUAGCAUUACAAAGGAAUGGUCCUCCAUUUAUUUGUAUUAAUUUGGAUCAUGAACAAUGGAGAAUUUAUAAUCAAACAACUGAAAAACCGUUGGGUGGUGUAAAAGAGAAUGAUAUGUCGAUGCUUAUUGAAUUGAGAAUGCCAAAGAACUAA